AUGGAAGAUGUCACCAUUGACACUGGAAGACCUUUGAAUGCUCAGAAUCUGAAGAGCAUGGGAAUCAUUGAUCAGUUCAUAGCCAAACCAACACUUGAUACCUCCUGGGAAGCACUCAGAGAUCAGAGGGAGAUUCCCAACGGACUCUACAUGUUCUCCAAGAUUGAUCCUCCAGAGGUAGUAGCCUACUAUCUACAAGACCUUUCCAAUCAAGGGGUGGAUAUCUCUGAAUUCACAGUGGACUGGCUACCUGAGCAUCCACCAAACUUCAGGAAGAGGAUGCGAGAGCCCUUUGAGAAGUCCAAGAAGGCGAAGAAAGCUAAGCUGGGAGAAUCCUCUAGAUCAAGACCCCCAGUUCCUCUGGUUAGCUCUCCAGGAAAGUCUGUAUCUCUCCCUCCCUCUGUCAAAAUUAAACCAAUUUCUUCUUCUCUUCCCCAAACAACUCCCAUAUACACCUUUGCUGAAACUCCUCUCUCAACCACAAGAUCUUCUAACCCGCCUUCUCUGAAAUUCAACCUCGCCACCACAACAUUACCAGUUUCAGAAGCAGAAGUGCUGAAUGAAACCACCUCACCAUCAUCAUCACCAUCUCCUCAAUCCCCACCUUACUAUGAACUCUCCUCUGAUACUGAACCAUCUGACCCUCAAUCCCCCACUCUGGCUCAACUCCAAGCCCGUGCUCUAGCCUCUCAACAACCAUCACAUCCUGAACCUGAACCUGAAGUCACUUACCCACCUCUGGAACAUCCAAAUCCAACCAUAUUUGAACCACAACCAAUCCACUCUGAACCACAACCAUCUGAACCAACCCACUAUGACAUACCACCACCCAUCACUUUCGCUGACCCAACAACUCCCACACUUAAUCUAAGUGCCCCUAUCUCACCCUCCUCACCCUCCCCAGCCUCUGCCACUGAUCCUGAAACUACCCUUCCUACCCUUGAAGAAGCAAUCCAGGCUGAGGCAAAAGCUAAAGUCGACGCUAAAGAAGCAGCUCGCAUUGCUGAAGAAGUUGCUGCCAAAGCCAAUGCUGAUGAACUGACUCAGGGGGAGCACUCCAACUCUGGGAAGUAG